UUCACUCUCCAACAUGAUUCACAGUUGUUAGUGUACACUACAGCAUGUACAGUGCCAUGGGAUUUUAUGAUUUGAUGUGCUGAUUGCAAUCAUUUGGCAUUUUAGUCCGAUGCAGGGUACACUGAGACAGAAACAGAGCUGGAUCAGCCUGAAUCUCUGGACGACACCCGUAAAAAGAUACACCGAUUGCUUGAUGAUGCUUUUGCACUCAUUUCACCAAAGCAUGGGAACAAAGUAGCUCCUCACACAGCUACAAACGGAAGACCCAUCCCUGGUUCUAGCCUUAGGAGAGGCAGAAAUCAGGCUGUCAGGUCUACACAGACCACUCCUAAACAAUCAGAUAGAGAUGAUACUAGCUCUGAGCAGCCAGAAAGAUUAUUUGAGUUAAGUCCAAGGCUGAACACAGAAGAAUACAAAAGCAGUGAUGCUGAGUCACUGAAACCAGAGACCGUCCACACCCCGAUGUACAUAGCUAGUCACACCCAGCCCAAGGCCUAUGCUGGGGUGAUGUGGAGUCCAUACACAGUAGAUGAUGAAGCUGCCAGGGUGUCACCAACCAAGGAACCAGCUUCCAUACCUCCUGGUGGCAUUGACACAUCCCCGAUACACAGUCUGAAGCUGGGACAGACGGAUCAACUAAGUCCUGAGUUAUCAGUAGGUCAAGGUCACCAGUCAAGGUCAGACAGGGGUUACAGUGACCCAGCGAGUAAAGCCUGGGAACCUUACAAUAACCGAAGAGCUCUGAUACCUGAUGAUUACACUAGUCUGACAUUUGGAACUGCUCAGUUAGCACCCUCGGCAACGAGGCCAAGAGUCCAAACUCCUCCACAUGGAAGGGAGAGGACUGGUGCAACAGAUACAAAUAAUGAUUCUUUGAUACAUAAUGAAAGUAAUGGUGAGGCCUUUCAUCCUCUAAGGACAACAUCUAAAGGGGCACAACCUUUCUCAUUUGACAACCAAACUCUGAACUCUUCCACAUACAUAUCACCAGCAUCAAGUAUGCACUCCCAAUACCCAAUACUGUCACAUAGCAUGGGAGGAAGUAGGAUUCAGCCAAAUGCAAGUGUUCAUGCAUCCCCUCCUUACAGAAGAAGCAACUCAAUAGGGGGUCCCAUAGAGGAUGGCCAGGACGAGAUAGAUGUGAUAAGUAGCAGUCUUAAGCCUGGCUCAUCUGCCCAACCCCUGAUUAAGUCCAUUAGAGAGGAACUGCUGAGGUUAACACAAAGGAGAACACCUGUAAAGGAGUUUAAUAGUUAACUGAUAUUUAUACAGCAAGGAAAUUUAUACUAUUUUAGUAUUUAUCGAUUUGUGCAUUUGAAAGUGAUGUCACUGAUUUUUAUGCAUUAUUUAAUCAUUGAAUUUUUUAUGAAAAAACUCCCAGUAUAUUAUCCAAAGAAGGAACAAAGUUGACUUGAAUUUGAGGUAUUUAAGUUGCGUAUUACUCAGUAUUACAAAAAAAAAA